AUGGCUGAUGAACUAGACCAAGAAUCCACAAGGGUUCAACAUCAAUAUUACCCAAAAGACCCAGAUGCAUACAGAAUCUUGGAAGAGAUUGGUGGUGGUGCUAGUGCCACAGUUCACAAAGCAUCAUGUGUCCACAGCCAGGAGGAGUCAAGUUUGGUUGCAAUCAAAAUCAUUGAUCUUGAACUUGAACAAUCUCCAAUCGAUUUAGAUAGUCUCCGAAGUGAAAGCACAACCAUGUCACUUCAUUCACACCCUAACGUUCUUCCAUCCCAUUGUUCUUUCGUUGUUGAUCACUAUCUUUGGCUGGUUAUGCCUUACAUGGCUGGUGGUUCUCUCCAAUCCAUAAUCUGUUCUUGCUUCCCUGAAGGCCUACCAGAGCCAUGCAUUGCUAUAGUUCUCAAUGAAAUCCUAAAGGGAUUGUAUUAUCUCCAUGAUCGAGGCCAUUUACACACAGAUAUCAAGGCAGGCAACAUUCUUGUAGACACAGAUAAUUGCAGCAUAAAUCUUGCAGAUUAUGGCAAAUCGGCCUUGAUUUACGACUCAAGUAGCAUUGUGGGAUCAUCCUCAUUGUCUUCCUCGUCAAGAAUGAGAUUAACUGAUGUUGAAGGGACCCCAUAUUGGAUGGCACCAGAGGUUAUACAUGACUCAGAUACAGGUUAUAGUUUCAAGGCUGAUAUAUGGUCUUUUGGUAUUACUGCAUUGGAAUUAGCCCAUGGUCGACCUCCUGUCACUCACCUUCCUCCUUCAAAGUCUUUGAUCAUGAAGAUAAAGAAGAGGUUUGGGUUCUCUUAUUAUGAUGAUGAGAAGCACAAGAAAGAUUUCAAGAACAAAAACUUCUCUAAAGAGUUUAAAGAUAUGGUUACUUCUUGUCUUAAUCAAGACCCUUCAAAGAGACCUUCUGUUGAUCAGCUUUCAGAGUAUUCUUUCUUCAAGAACUGUAAAGGAUUAGACUUUUUGUUCAAGAAGGUUUUCGAUGGGUUGCCUAAUGUUGAAGAAAGAUUCAAAAAAGUCAAGGCUUUAAAUGAUGGGACGUCGUCAAGCCAUAUUAUUGGUGGUACUGAUAUUGAAGAAGAAGAAAAGGGUACCGACUCAGUGGGUCCAAGUGUGAAUGCUAUAAGGAUCAGUGGCUGGAAAUUUAUUGAGGAUGAAUUCGUGCUUGACCCAGUAUUCCAUAAUGACUCAGAAGAUGAUGAAGUUGUGAAGAUGGUUCGUUUUGGAGGUGAAACCAUUAUUCCGGACGCGAACAUGAGUAGAAUAGAAGGACUUGUUAAUGGCUUUGAUCGAAAUAAAAUGUUAGAUGGUUUAGUGACAUUAAAGAGGAGUUUGGAAGAGCAGAAAAGGGUAUUAGUAAAUCUGAUUGUUCAAUUCGGUGGGGAAGCUGAUGGAGAGGAACAAAUGGUGCAAAGGAUUGAGAAUCUGCUGGAGGAGUUGGACAUUGAGAAGGAAAAGAACUUUAAGUUGGAGAUUGAAUUGGAAACUAUUAAUAAUGUGAUUUCUGGUGCAAACAAUGAUGCUUCUGCUACUAUUACUGAUGGAAACUUUUUCGAUGGUAUUGACGACUGA